CAGGAAGGAUUACAACUCCCAGAGUGCCCCUGUGCGGUUGUCAGGAGCAACCACGGAAUGCAGACUAACAGAGCCGCUGGACUCAGGACUAUCCAGCCAGCCAUGGGCCAGGAUUAUUACUCUGUGCUCCAGAUCACUCGCAAUUCAGAAGAUGCCCAGAUCAAGAAUGCGUACCGGAAACUUGCCCUUAAGAACCACCCAUUGAGGUCCAGUGAGCCAUCCGCAGCGGAGGCAUUCAGGCAAAUAGCGGAGGCCUACGAUGUGCUGAGCGACCCUGUGAAAAGAGGCAUCUAUGACAAGUUCGGAGAGGAAGGCCUGAAGGGCGGAAUUCCUGUGGAGUUUGGAUCGCAGACCCCGUGGACAACUGGUUACGUCUUCCACGGCAACCCAGAAAAGGUUUUCCAUGAGUUCUUCGGGGGAGAUAACCCCUUUAAUGAGUUUUUUGAUGCAGAAGGAAAUGAGGUAGACUUGAAUUUUGGGGGACUCCGGGGCCGAGGGGUCAAGAAACAGGACCCCCCAAUCGAACGAGACUUCUACCUAUCCCUGGAGGACUUAUUCUUUGGCUGCACCAAGAAAAUUAAGAUCUCCCGAAGGGUGCUGAAUGAGGAUGGGUACUUCUCUACCAUCAUGGACAAGAUCCUCACGAUUGACGUGAAGCCUGGUUGGAGGCAGGGCACACGUAUCACCUUCGAGAAGGAAGGGGACCAGGGUCCCAACAUCAUCCCAGCCGAUAUCAUCUUCAUCGUAAAGGAGAAGAUACACCCUCGCUUCCGCAGGGAGAACGACAACCUCAUUUUUGUGAACUCCAUCCCCUUGGGCAAGGCUCUGACCUGCUGCACCGUGGAGGUGAAGACCCUAGAUGACCGUCUGCUCAAAAUCCCCAUCAAUGACAUCGUCCACCCCAGGUACUUCAAGAAGGUGCCAGGUGAGGGGAUGCCGUUGCCAGAGGACCCCACCAAGAAGGGGGACCUCUUCAUUUUCUUUGACAUCCAGUUCCCCACCUGCCUCACACCCCAGAAGAAGCAGAUGUUGCGCCAGGCGUUGCUGACAUAACUCUGGUGGGCUGGGGACUGGAGCAGGGGGAAGAGAAGGCUAGCUGGUCCUGACCCCACCCCUACCCCCAGCACGGGGUGUGCACGGGAGCCAGGCCACUGCACAGGCAUGACGUGAGGACCGGAUGGCAUGGGAUUUUAAACUGAUACAAUAAAGUGUUAUUUCCUAUC